AUGACCGGCGGCGUGUACGGCUCCGCAAGAGGAACCCGCAAUCCACGGCGGCCCAGAAACGGCGAGGAGGAGAACAGCAAAGGCAGCCAUGGCAGCCAGCACUCAUCCGGCGCCGGUAGCGGGGGUCGCGGUAGCGGCGGUCCCGGCAAUGAGGGAUCGCCGAGUGGAGGAGACGCUUCCGGGUCAACAGCGUGGGCGAUAGAUUUCUCAGAGGUCGAAUUGGGCGAGCUGAUCGCAACAGGGUCGUUCGGCGUGGUGCAUUCGGGCACGUAUCGGGGCACGCGCGUCGCGAUUAAGUUUCUGCUCUUCCCUGAAGCUUCUAGCGAGGAUGAGUUGAACCGCGCGAAGCGGGGGUUCCGGCAAGAGGUGUCCGUGUGGCAUAAACUCAACCACCCCAACGUCGUCCAGUUCCUAGGGGCGUACAUCAACCCCCCCAAGUGGGCCAUAGUGACAGAAUUUCUCGACGGCGGCACAGUCAAGGGCUUCCUGUCCCGCCUGGGCAAGCGCCGCCUGUCACUCAAGCAGAUCGCAGCUAUGGCUCUGGACGUGGCGCGGGGUAUGCAGUACCUGCACUCCAACAACAUCAUUCACAGGGAUCUCAAGUCGGCGAAUCUGCUGCUGAACUCGACUGGGGUUGUGAAGGUGGCGGAUUUUGGGCUGGCGAGGACAGAGGCACAGGAGCCGGGCAACAUGACUGCCGAGACGGGCACGAUUAGAUGGAUGGCGCCUGAGAUGAUCGACCACAAGCCGUACACGCGAAAGGUGGACGUCUACAGCUACGGCAUCGUGCUGUGGGAGAUCUGCACGGCUCAGUGGCCCUUCGAGGGGCUCUCCUUUGUGCAACUCGCGCACGCCAUUGUUGCUGAUAACCUCCGUCCCCCCACCAAGGACUGCCCCAGUCAGAUCACGAAGCUCAUCACGCGCUGCUGGGACAGGGACCCUGACAAGCGGCCUGACUUCGACGAGAUUGUGGCUUACCUGGAGAGAAUCGGCGACGGGAGGAGCCGCAACAAGGUUGAUGACUCCAUCGUGCCUGUUCCUGGACUGGACUCCAGCAGCAAGCCUCCUCUUGGUCCGGGAGGGAAGCCGACGCAUGGCGUGCCGCCACCUGGCACUGCAACAGGGGGGGGCGGAGGGGGGAACGACGGGUCUCAGGACGGGAUAGCGUCGCGGCAUGGGCCGAGAGAAGAACCUCAGAUGGACAGCGGGUGGAAGAAAAUUCAGGUGGAGCCGAAGAAAGAGGCGGGCGGGUGUGGGUGUGCCAUUUUGUAG